GUGUGAUAAGGGCCUGCCUUACUUCCAAAGACUCUGAAUAUAUAUCCCCCAAUGCCUCUUGUCGAUUUGUUCCUUUCAAUUUUGGGCGUUUGUACUUUCAAAUAAUUAGUGCUCAACUCUGCAAGUGUCUUUUUCUGUAUCUAAAGCCACGAGCUGGUUUUGCUUCUUUUAAUGCAUGCAAAAAAAGACCUUCAGUUGCAAAAGCCUCAAUACUUUCAAAGGUGGCAUUACUUUCUAAGACAAGGGACUAGUCAAAGAAUAUUGCCUCCUCCUUUUCAAUCACUUUAUAAGAUCAGAUCAGAUCUCAAGUGUUGUGCAUGGGAUUGAAGAAGUGGCGGGGUUGAGUUUGGAAAAAAUAUAAGGUUCAAGGACAUCACAGUUUGAAGAGGAAAAGCAGAGCAAAAAGCAUUAAUUAGUCGGCCAGUUACCGGAUUUGGUAAGGCAGAACAAAAUGGGACAGCUCAGGGGCUCUGUUGAAACCGUGGGAAAAAAGGACUCGCAACAUGAGAUCGAAACAUCAUUGAAGAAAGAGAUUCUGCAUCUUCAAGAACAACUUCAGGACCAAUUUGUGAUGCGAAAUGCAUUAGAGAAAGCAUUAAGUUGUAGGCCUUACUUCUUCCAUGGUAAAUCUCAAAAGACGAUCCCCAAGGAUGCAGAACAGCUGAUUGUAGAAACAGCAGUGUUAGAAUUAGAAGUCGCGUACCUGGAAAAGUACCUUCUCACCUUGUACCGUAACAAGUUCAAUGAACACCCUUCACAUUUACCCACUGAGAAUGAGCUCAAGUCCACCCCCAUCGCUCAUGGGAAAGUGAGUCCGCCAAAUCACGGACACAAUAGUACAUUGGAGAGAGAGCAUUUCUUCUCUGAUUUAAGUCGGCGUACUCUUAGUUUGCCUCGACAGUCCAUCAGGAGUCCUUUGAAAGAAGAAGAAGAUAUUUGGGCCCCAAAAAAUCUAUCCGGCGUCGGUAUUCACCGUAGCCAGUCCUCUUUAUCUCAGCGCUCAUCUCAUCCAAACAGAGCUUCACAUCUAGAGAAUUCAUUAGCUAGAGCUGUAGAUUCAUACCACUCACUCCCUUUGUCCAUGUUGGAGCGAGUGCCAUGUACGACUUCAAAAGCAAUUAGUUUGGCAGACUGUCUUGGGGCUAACAUAACCGAUCAUGUCCUCGAGACGCCAAACUGGCUAUCUGUCGAGAUGGUCAAGUCCAUCUCAGCAAUAUACUGUGAGCUGGCCGAGCCACCAUUGACAAACUAUCAUUACCUGUCCUCUCCAAAUUCACCAUCUUCAUACAUAGUGGACCAGUAUCCUUUGGGAGACCUUGGUGACAUGCAGAGCUCACAACACUGCAGAUACUCCUCCUUCAAUUCCCAUUUUGGUAACCCUUUUCACGUGGAAGGCUCAAGAGAAUUCAGCGGACCUUACAGUACUAUGCUCAAAGUGCAAUCAAUCUCCAGUGAAGCCGAAAGGAUGAAAAGCAUCGAGUACAUGCUGCGGAAGUACAGGUCAAUUGUGCAUCAAUUGCGACGAGUCGAUCCCAGUAAGCUGAAACAUGAGGAGAAGCUCGCCUUUUGGAUUAAUGUGCACAAUGCCCUAGUGAUGCAUGCAUUUUUGGCUCAUGGCAUUCCGCAAAACAAACUGAAGAAGAUGUCUCUGCUACUAAAGGCUGCAUAUAAUAUUGGAGGGCACACCAUAAGUGUAGACACAAUUCAAAAUAGUAUUUUGCAAUGCAGGUUGCUUUUUCCAGGAAAGUGGCUGCGGUUACUAUUGCCAUCCAAGCAGAAAUUUAAAGUUGAUAGUCUGCUGAAAGGAUAUGAGAUUGACCAUCCUGAACCACUCUUACAUUUUGCGCUCUGUUUGGGAAGCCGAUCCGAUCCUGCAGUUCGCGUGUUCAGGCCUGACAGAGUGUUUCAGGAGCUGAAAGUUGCGAAGGAAGAGUACCUCCGGUCAAACUUCAGAUUGUGCAAGAAAAGGAUCAUCCUACCAAAACUUGUCGAUGCUUACGCCAAGAGCACGGGUUUGAGUGCAGCUGACCUGCUGAUGAUCCUCAACCAUUGCUUGCCAGAUUUUCGCGUAAAUAGCUUCCGACAGUUUCGCAAACGGUCUUGGAAGAGCUUUGAAUGGACACCUCAAAACUUUGACUUUCAGUAUCUUUUCUCUAGCGAGUUAGCAUAGCAAAUCUGAAGACUUCUUAUGCUAAGUAACGGGGUCAUUGCUUCGAAUGACAGAUGAAUCACAGCUUAAGCGUUUCCUUCUUCAUUGUUUUAUAAAAGCCAGUUCUAAAGUUCAAGAAAAUAUAGCUGUUGUGAUUCAGCUGUCAUUCCAAUUAUCAUCAAGUGGGCCGUGUUUCCAAUUUCCAUGUAAAAGUCAGUCAGUGACCUCAAAGAUGUGUUAGCUUGGAAUGUUAGACUGUUUGUACCGCACAAACUCUUGAAUAGUGUGCAUCGAUCUAUGAGAGACUCUUCUAUCAUCACUUAUUAACA